GCCCCGCAGGGCGGGCAGCGCCGAGUGCCGGGGGCGCCGGCGAUGAUGUGGUUAUGGGGAAGACCCAGCGACCGGGCUGGGGGCGCUGCCCCAUCCCGCUUCUUUGCUUUCGGUUUCGAAGCGGCUGCCCCGGCUCGAGAGCUAGCGACUGAUUAGAUGGAACAGAAGCUGAUUCGUCAUUCACUCAGCUGACAUAUGAAAAUGUUCUUGCGAAAACCUCUCAGCUUUAUUGGGCACAGUAGGGCCUAAGGAGAAGGUUGGUGCCCUCUCGGUGUCUUUAAGGAGCCUACCAUAGAGUUGGGGAGACAAGACUUGGACUCACUGAAAGGGACACAUGGAAGCCGCCUGCCCACUAGCGGAGGAUCAGCUAAGCCCUGGGGCUGAUGCUUGCCCACACUCCUGAGAAUGGCACCGAGGCGCACCAGGCACCAGGACGGAGGUUAACCUGGGACACUCCUGGACAGUGAUCCCGAUGUCUGUUCUGAGCCGCGCACUCAAGGGUGUGAUAACGUGAGCCGCCAUUCCAGCUGACUACACUUCCUCAUAUCCCUGGUCCCUGUCUUCACCCCUAUCUCCUGGCCCCAGCUGGACUUCUAGUCUCCUCCGUUUGACUUGAAUGGACCAGCAGCUGGCCCCAGUCUGCGCCAUGGCUUCCGCGGAGCCCCUGACAGCGCUGUCCCGCUGGUACCUGUAUGCCAUCCAUGGCUACUUCUGCGAGGUGAUGUUCACCGCGGCAUGGGAGUUUGUGGUGAACUUUAAUUGGAAGUUCCCGGGGGUCACGAGCGUGUGGGCGCUCUUCAUCUACGGCACCUCCAUCCUGAUCGUGGAGCGCAUGUACCUGCGCCUGCGGGGCCGCUGCCCGCUGUUGGUGCGCUGCCUCAUCUACACGCUCUGGACCUACCUGUGGGAGUUCACCACUGGCUUCAUCCUGCGCCAGUUCAACGCCUGCCCCUGGGACUACUCCCAGUUCGACUUUGACUUCAUGGGCCUCAUCACCCUGGAGUACGCAGUGCCCUGGUUCUGCGGCUCCCUCAUCAUGGAGCAGUUCAUCAUCCGCAACACCCUCCGCCUCCGCUUUGACAAGGACGCUGAGCCUGGGCUGCCCGGGGACCCCCUGGCCCUGGCCAACGGCCACGUCAAGACUGACUGAGUUGGGGGCUGGUGGGGGUGGGCAGAUCUCACCUGGGCCCUGUGGGGAAAGGUACCAAGCCAGUGGAACUGCUCCCUGCCCCAUCCCGGCCUCAGCCCUGUAGGGCUCGUACAGUCCCCAUUCCUUCCGCUGUGCACAGGCGUUGGGGGCCUGGGCCGGUGAUGGGGGUGGGGUGUCGAGGCAGGACUUUGAGAACGGUCCGUGGGUCUCUGCUCAGCUCAGAGGCUGGUAGCAGGAGACCUCUGUCUUAGCAGCGACUAGGCUACCUGGGUGACUUUGGAAGCAGAAGGCCCUGUCCUGGCUAAGAGGCUCUGAGAAGUGGGCAAACGGUGGGAGGCAAGGUCUGAGGAGGCUUUGGGGUACUGCCUUGGCCACUUGGUGCCCUGUCACCUGGUUUAGUUAGGCUCUGGCUGGUUCCAUUAGGCAAUAUUCAGGUGCUUGCUUGCAACCAAUACCUCCCCGGGAGCCUGCUGAGCUGCAGCCCAAGAAGAGACUGGGCAGCCAGGAGGCUGCUUGGCAGCUGUCUGCGAGGGCUGGAAGGCCUUCCCUUGGCUCCCCUCCCCUCCCCCAGGGCCCCAUGCUGCUUUCUUGGCCUUCUGGGGUCCCCCUGGUGCUGGAUUCCCACCAACCUUGGGCUUUUGGAGGUUUCAAUCCCUGUGUGUUCGGUGGCGUUUCCCCCUUUUCUCUUAUUUUCAAGGCUUUUACCACUAGCAGCCCUUUAUCCAUGUCAAUCACCCCACCAGUUGCCAACCCCAAUGCCCUAGCCAACACAGCAGCUGCCAGAGCUAGAACCCUGGGACAGACCCCGCCCGCCCUCUGCAGCCGUUCCUCCACUAUCGCCCCCGUCUGGUGGGCUGCGGCAGUGCCCUGGUGCUCUCCUCCGCCCGUGCCCACUCCCCACAGUGGCCCAGCUAAAAACGAAUGAUACGCACAACACACAGUCAGGCCGAGAUGGGCCCCACAGAUCCCCAGUGGGGACCUAGAGACAAAUCGAUGUGUGUGUUUGUGGUGGUGGGGAGGUAUAGGCACACCUGACUGGUUUAUUUUUAAGCCAGUCGGGGGCAACCUAGCAUUCUAGGGGAUGGAAGAGCAAUAUCUGUUGUUGGAGACCCAUGGAGGAUGUGCGAGGGGGAAAAAGAUGAAGGCCUCUCAGCUUUGGGAGGGACUUUGGAGCAUCCUUGUGGGGAAGGCAUCAGUUCUGGUUCUGCCAUAGCCCCAGCCCUGCAGCAAAACCUCCUCAGGGCUACCUCCUCCCCACCCCUCCCGGCAAUGCUGACACUUUGAGCUUGCUCCUUAAACAGUAUUGACCCUGCCACGCUCACAGGCAUUGUCAUCUUGGUGGCCCUGCUUUCCUGUGACAGGUACAUUGCUGGCAGCGGACAGGUGAAAGCUUCACUUCAGCCCACUUCCAGCUCUGCCCCUACUCUCCAAGGGGAGGGGUCCAUCAGAAUGCAGCCUAUCCCAUGGUACAUGGUCUCUUCUUGACCACAUUAGGCCUCUUAGGUAGAAAUUAGCCUUUCCCUUUUUAUAGAACAUUAAAAAGUGAUAAUACCACC